AUGGCCAAUGUGAGGUCCCUGGAAUAUCUCAAGGAGAAUCUUAGCGAUGUCGAGGCUGACGUCGAUGAUCUAGUUACCAAUGAAGGCAAGGCUGAGAUCGAGAAGACCUUUGAGUUCAUGUCUUUGUUAACCAGCAAGGCUGACUUGAAGAGGUACACGGGCCUUGGGUGGUUCAAGGAGGAGAGGGUGAGGCUUCCUAAGGGAGAGACAAAGGUUGAGCCCCAGUGCAACGAAGGCUGA